UUUAGGCGCGCGUCCACACAGUGGCGCGCUCACAGAACUCCUCAUCGCUGCGUAGUUUGCGCGGCGCCUCGCUGCUGUGACUCUGGGGAAAAACCUAGCCAAGCAUUUUACCUAUCCCGGAUUCGAGAUACAUGUUCCGUUUUCAGUCCCUGGAUGAAGACUGCACGCUUGAGGAGGAAGAGGGGCUGGUGGAAGAGGAAGAUGAGAUCGACCAGUUCAAUGAUGAUACCUUUGGAGCCGGAGCAAUAGAUGAUGACUGGCAGGAGGAACAUGCGCGUCUGGCUGAGUUGGAUGAGCGAGUGCGGGACGUGGUGGGGGGCGGCGGGGACGUAUCCUCUGCGCCCCUCCCUCCUGCCCCCAGAAGCAUCCCCCCUCCCUCUUCCCUGCCCCCUCCGGGGCUGGAGGAGAGGGGGGGCGGGGACUUGGCCGAAUCUCUCGCCCGGCUCAUCCUGGGGACGGACCCCGCCAUCGCUGGGGUGGGCGCGGCCGAGCCCGACAGAGUCCGCAUGCCCCUGCCCACGCACCAGCAGCCCCCUCCCUCCACCCUACCAGGCCCUCCGCACCCUCUGCUUGGCUACCAACAACACCAGCACCUGCUGCGGCGCGGGACGGCGCCCCUUCAGAUGAACUCUCACAGUAUUUGGGAGAACAGUAUGGGCUUUGGGCCUGUCAGUGUCACCCCUGGACUUGGUACUCACAUGGAGGACAGCCCGCUCAUGUCCAUCAUCAAGGAGGUGGGUCUGCCCAAGCGUCCCCCACAAAUCAGAAGCGACGAAAGCCGGGACCUGUCAGAGCGAGUCCCACCCCCUCGUUCUUCUUCGCCUGUGAUAGGUAGCCCGCCUGUGAGGGCGGUGCCCAUUGGAACCCCUCCCAAACAGCCAAUGAGCCAUGCACUCAAUCAACAGCUCCACUGCCCCACUGCAGUACAUGUAAGAGCCCCAGUCCAGCACCGAUACCCCCCUCCCUUCCCCGACCGCCUGUCCCCCAACACCUUGCUCAACAUCGCUAACUCUCCCCUCUGCAGACCCCCGUUUUCGGCCGGAGUGGGCCCCGUGCUGUCCCAGAUCCAGCGCGCCCAGCUGCUCAGCUCUCAGGUGGGGGGCUUCCCCAGGGGUGGUCCUGCUCCUCCCCUCUUGCCUGGGGGUGGUGGGGGGUUCAGGCCAUUUUUCGGGCAGCCCCCUCCCAGGGUUGGACCCCAUGUCCCCCCGAAUCACAAUAUAGUUCGCCACAACACCACCCACCUCCACCCUCAGCAUCGGAGAAUGCUGACUCAGAGGCUACAGAGCAGAGGUGACAGAGGGGGCAGAGUUGGCGACAGGCGGAUCAGGGACCCCUACAGUAACCUGAUGACGCAGCGGGAGAAGGACUGGGUGGCCCGCAUUCAGAUGAUGCAGCUGCAGAGCACUGACCCUUACCUGGAUGACUACUAUUACCAGAAUUACUACGAGAAGAUGGAGAAGAGGCAAGAGCGGGAUCGGGACAGCAGCCGGAAGGAGCACACUACCAAACUCAUCACUCCGCAGGUGGCCAAACUGGAGCACGCCUACAAGCCAGUGCAGUUUGCUGGCUCCCUGGGGAAGUUGACCGUAUCUAGUGUGAACAACCCCAGGAAAAUGAUUGAUGCUGUAGUGACCAGCCGAACUGAUGAUGAGGAGAAGAGAGAGAAGCAGGUCUGGAACAAGCGUAGACAGAUCCUGUACACCGUGGAGAAGAUGUACAGCCUGUUGUUAGAGGUGCAGGACUUUGAGAAGAAGUUCAUCCAGACGCCGGAGGAGCAGAGGGAAGCUCUGCUGGAGCAGCACAAGACGCACACCCUGCAGCUGUACAACACGCUGAGAGAGAGGGAGUGGGACGACAGAGUGAGCGACGAGCAGUGUCUGAUGAUCAUGUCCGUGAGGAAAGGGAAGAGGCUCGUCUCCCGGCUCCUCCCCUUCCUGCCCCCGCCGCAGGCUGCCGCCGUCGUCAUGGCGAUCGCCCGAAACAUGCCGGCGCUGGCUAAGAAGGACAAGCAAGACCAGGUGCUGUGCUGGCUGGUGGAGCCGGUCGCUGUGGUCAUCCAGUCUCUCUCCAGCUCGGCCCUCACAGACCUGCUGCAGGAGCUCCAGGGCACCGAAGGCCAGCUCCCCCGUGUGCUGCAAAACAAGUUUGGCGUGACGCUGCUUUACCUGAUUCUGAGCGAGGGCGAGAGGAUGCAGAGCUCCGAUCCCAACUGUCAGCUAAUGGACGACAAUCGAUGGACAGAGUUGGUGUUCUCUGUGACCAGGGAGCUGUUGAACGUCCCUCCCUCCUCUCUCUCUCCUCCGCUCUUCACCCCUCCCAACCUCCUCUCUCUCUUCUCUCGCUACGUAGACCGACAGCGCCUGGAGCUGCUGCAGGAGAAACUACAGAUCUCGGCUCUGUCUAGGUAGAAUUUGGUUCACGCAUCAAGAAUACCCCAUUGAAGAGUGGCCGACUGUGCAUUUGUGUGUGUGUGUGUGUGUUCCUGUCUGAGCGAAUGUGGGAGGGAUUAUUUGGUUGAUACAGAUUUUAAUCCUGCAAGAAAUGUCUGUCACUUUUUUUUCUUACGUUUAUUAGGUGUGCUUGCGUGCGUGCUUACCUGUGUGUGUAUGUAUGCGUGUAUGGGUGUGUGUGUGAGUGUGCGUGCGUGCCCUCAUUCUAGCCAGCCUGUGCGAAGAGUGAUAAGAUUAAAAUGGAAGAAAGUCACAUUUUUAAAAAAAUCUUGUUAACAUGAUGCCCGUUAUGGAAUUAAAAUUAUUUCUAUUGUAUAAAGUUGAA